UAACGCCGCACGAAACAACGAACAGAUUCGCAAAGGCCGCCCGGCACACGAACAAGCGUACUGGCUGAACCGCGCAUGCGCAAUACGCACCUCACUCCCGGCCGCCUCUACUCUUUGACAGCUCUCUACUCUUCUUUUCUCUCCGCUCGAUUGGAUACGGCGUUUCCUUUCACGAAUUUUAAGUUACACGCAGUUUGACCAAGGUGUAGUUUUGUGUCGAUUAUUCUGAUUUCUGCGCUUGCCACUGGAAAAUUGAAUCUUAUUGAAUAAUCAUUUAUAAAAAUGCCGUAUGCUAAUCAGCCAUCUGUACACAUCAGUGAACUAACGGAUGAAAAUGUCAAAUUCCAAAUUGAGGAUACCGAUUUGAGUGUUGCAAACAGCGUUAGGAGAAUGUUUAUUGCUGAAACUCCUACAAUGGCAAUUGAUUGGGUACAACUUGAAGCAAACUCCACGGUUUUAAGUGAUGAAUUCUUAGCCCACAGAAUUGGUCUAAUUCCACUGACCUCUGAUGAAGUUGUUGAUCGCAUUCAGUAUGCUCGGGACUGUACCUGUGUAGAUUUCUGUCCAGAAUGCAGUGUGGAAUUUACACUUGAUGUUAAAUGCAAUGAUGAACAGACACGACAUGUUACAACAGCUGACCUAAAAUCAAGUGACCCCCGGGUUGUACCUGUAACGUCCAGACAUCGUGAAGAUGAGGCCAGUGAAUAUGGAGAAACUGAUGAGAUUCUUAUUAUUAAAUUACGUAAAGGACAAGAGUUGAAAUUGCGUGCUUAUGCCAAAAAGGGUUUUGGCAAAGAACAUGCAAAAUGGAACCCUACUGCUGGAGUAUGCUUUGAAUAUGAUCCUGAUAAUUCAAUGAGACACACACUGUAUCCCAAACCAGAUGAAUGGCCCAAGAGUGAAUACACAGAAUUGGAGGAUGACCAAUAUGAGGCACCAUACAACUGGGAAAUCAAGCCUAACAAGUUUUUCUACAAUGUGGAGAGUUCUGGAGCUUUACGACCUGAAAACAUUGUCAUGAUGGGAAUUUCUUUGUUGAAGCAAAAAUUGUCUAACUUGCAGACUCAGCUAAGCCAUGAAAUGCAAAAUGAUGCUCUAACUAUUCAGUGAUUUCAUUUUUAAUUUGUUCUACAUUGUACAUUAUCCACUAUUAAUUAAUACAGUAUUGUAAGUUUUGAAAUAAAUUGUUUCCUGAAGAAUUAAGAAAAAAAAAAAAAAAAAA